CGACACUAGUUUCUUCAGUAAACAGAAGCGUUUUCACGACUACCCCGACUGUCUAAUCGGUUGCACCCUGCGUUGUACUCCUUCUUCUGCCGUUUCUGCUUGAUGCUUCCGCCGUGAGAUGGCGAGCUCAUCAAAGUAACUUUCCUUGUUGUUGAGUUCCGAGUUUUCUCCCGUGCGAAGAGCUCGAUUUUUCCCAUCCCUAUCACAAAUUGAUCGCGUUUCCCUCAUAGCCUAGGCAGUUUCUCUGGGCUGUACGGUCUUUAUGUUUUUGUCACUUCCACUCUUCCGCCUGCUAGUCUUGCGUUCCUAGAGUUGUCUGCAACUCCUCGAAUCAACUUUGCCUCAGGAAUUUCGAGUUCACGCUGACUAUCUUUCGUCUCUCUGUUCCGACUCGAUACAACAUUUCCCACGACUUUGCGCUGCGGCAAUCUGCCUUGGCCUUAGGCAAGAAUUACACUUCCGUCUUUUCCAUUUGGUGGUGCAUCGUGAAGGCAAAGCAGCUUCUUGCUUCUGGUUCGUCCCGUUUGCGCCGGCGUUUCCGAACCGCGUGCCCUUGAGCAACUCGAUCGAUGAAUGUGGUCAUAUCCGUAUCUCUCCGUUUGCAUGCGCUGCACGGUCUCAGAUUUCAGCCCGCAGCACGGAGGUCAAAUGAUGGUUUCCUGCUGGCUUUUUUGGCGCGUCUCAAGAUCGACUUCCCGCCGUUGCCCAUUGCAUAUAUUUUAGUCUUUUCCUCCUCGAGUCUUCUCGUCUCAUGUUGACUUUCUUGACUAAGGUUGUGAGGUGCGGACAAGCAGAGACUCCAGAGAGUUGCGGAACCCCGCAGCGUGGAGACGGCGUGGCUGAGGCAGUUUGAGGAGAAGAGCUCUGUAAACUCAGAAAGUAACGCUCAACUAGUAACACAGAACUCACCGAGAGACGGCUGCACACGGACAGCGUCAAGGAGCAUGCAUUUUCCCGUGAUAUUCGCCUCUUUCGACUUCCUGUCUUGGCGUCAAAAAUGGAUCUGCUGAAAAAUAUUAUAGCGAAGCAGAAAGAGGCAGUUGCGGCCGAGAAGGAGGCGACAGGGGGGCAGCGGUGGAUUCAGCGUGGAAAGCUUGAACAGCAGCUUCGAGAGGAGGUCCAGCGGAAAAGCCUUGAAGAAGAAAAGAAACGAAAAAGAGACGAAAAUGAGAGACUGAAGGAACUGGCACGACAUUUAGCGCCGAAGAAAAGAAAGGACGCUCAAUCGGCGGAGCACGCUGAGAGUGCAGCGGACGUUCACGACUUGCUGAACGACGAGGAGACAGAACCUCCUCUCCCCAAGCAGGAAAUUUUCAAGAAGCUGAGGAAAAUGAAGGAGCCGGUUACGCUCUUUGGCGAAAGUGACUGGCAGCGGUACACCCGCCUGUGUGAAUUGGAGCUGCUGCACCACGAGGACGAGUUGAUGGGGGGACAGCGGAAUGCUUUCCUGAAUCCCCAGGAUGACGAUGAAGAGGAUGAAGACAAUCUCAAAGAGAGAGCCUCCAGCCCGCGAAGGCGACCACCCAGAAGAGAGCAAGGAGAUGCGGACGAGGAUUCUGGAUCUUCUCCGCAUGCAAGACCCGGUGGAGAGGAGGCACCUGAUGCUGGAUCAAGGAAACAAGGAUACCUCUCUUCGUCGAGCGAGCGUGAUUCAGGAGCUCCUGCAGACAAGGAAGCUGCGGCUGAGAAACGAACAAAGGCGACAAACACAGCAGGUUCAGGGAGCGACGAGGAGGACGGCACAGAUGGAAGCGGAGUCGGCCGCGGUGGGCAGCAAGAACGACAGCCGUCGAAAGAAACCGUGGUCACGCGGUGGAUACGGACUAUGUUGCAGGAGUGGGAGGCGGAACUGAAAGCCAGACCUGAGGAGAAGAAAAACAGCGCUGAAGGCAAACUCAUGACGAGUCUACAGCGACAGACCCGAAAGGAUUUGAAGCCGCUGCUGAGAAAACUUCGGCACAAAGAGCUUGAGAACGACAUUUUACAGAAACUGCACAUCAUGGUGCAGUGCUGCGAGGAGAGAAAGUACCGCAGCGCGCACGACACGUACAUGCUCUUGGCUAUCGGCAACGCCGCGUGGCCAGUCGGGGUCACGAUGGUCGGCAUCCACGAGCGUGUGGGCCGAUCGAAACUAUUUUCUUCUCAAGUGGCACAUAUUCUUAACGACGAAACGACGCGCAAGUAUAUCCAGAUGUUCAAGCGACUGAUGUCCUUCUGUCAACGGCGCUAUCCUGCGGACCCUUCCCAAACAAUAUCGCUGAGCACCAUCCACAUCUGAGAUUUCGCACAGGGGGGAAACCUUAGUCGCUUCCACCACACGGCACAGCUCCAUUUCCGUGUUGGCGGCUGCGACACUACAUGUUGACGCGGUUUAUUUUGGAAACACCGCGAUGCAGCUGACAGAAAUGCCCUGAGACUCCAAAGUUGAACGAGACAUGACAGGGUAUCGAGAGCCCGUCAACUUGAAUGCACAGGUGGACAUUUAAUUAUUGUACGGUUUCU